AUGGCCGACGCAUUGGAGUACACGGCUCUGGAGACUCCUGAGCCGGCCACCGAGAAGGCCCCAGCCGCGUCCGGCUCCGAGACUACAAACAAAUUCCAACAUGCUAUAUCCGCAUGGAGGAAUGUGGACUUGACCUCCCUGGUCUCGACCCUGGACAACACGGCGUCGGACAUCGUGGCCUACCAACGAGACUCGACAGUCCAGCGAAAGGACCUGGCCCAGAAGACGAAAGACUUCAGGAAGCUAGAUGAUGCGACCAAACUCACCGAGGUCAAGGGCCUGCUGAAAGGCAAGUAUUUCCCGCCAACCCGGAAGCUAGCUUCGUAUCAAACGUUCAUCGACCUUCUCACCAACCACUCUAAGGCGACCAACUCAGCAUUCCUCAGCGUCUACGGCAAGCUAUCCGAUGUUCCCGACCCGUACCCCCUGCUGGAGGCCUCGGUCGACUCCAUGCUGGUCUCCGAGGACACCUUGCCGAAGCUGACCGAAGAGAACCAGCACCUGCAGAAGAACAUCACCAAACUCACCUCCCAAUUGGAAGAGACCGAGUCAAAACUCCAAUCGGAGAGCACGACGAGGAAGGAGCUGGAGGCCAACUUGGAGACCAGGGUCAAGGAGGUCGAAUCAUCAUGGACCGCUGUCCUCGAAGAAAAGACGGAUAACUGGGAGGCCAAAGAGAAGGCUUUGGAGGAGAAGGUCGAAAACCAGGAGAGGUUGAUGACUGAGAUCAAGGCCAGCUACGAGGUCAACCAGCGUCUGAAGGGAACCGGAGAUGCCGACUCGGAACCCCAUGGCGGCCACGUCACCAGUGCCGAGCUCGAGAUGGUCAACGCCGAUUUGGAGAGGACUAGCACGAGGCUGGCCGAGAUCGAAGCCCGCAAUGAGCAACUGCGAUUGGAGCUGGCGCAAUCGAAAUCGCAGGUCUCGACCCAGGCCCCUUCACUGGAUGAUGACCCCGGAUACAUGCGCAUGAGGUCAGAGAACUCGUCUCUGAUCCGCAAGUUAGAUACGGCAAGAGUGGAAAAGGAAGCAUUCAAGCGCAACAUUGACGCGAAACUCCGCGGGCUGGAACGCGAGGUUGGCCUACUGAAGGAGGAGCGCGACGGUUUGAAGACAAAGGUGCAGCAGUGGCACGAUUACGACGAUGUCAAACAAGAGCUAGAGGUGCUGAAGAGUAUCGAGUUCGCGACGGGGGAUGACGAGGACGACAUAGUCAACGCUGCAGACUCGAAUGGGUCUGCCGCCAAGGGCAAGGGGGAUACCCUCGAACAACUACUACUAGCGCGGAACAAGAAGUUGAGCGAUGAACUUACCAUACUCCGGGUCUCGCAUCAGGACCUGCAGAGCAGGUUGGAAAAUCUACAAGAAGAGAUGUCGAGGACGAAUGCCGACCUCGAGCGGUCUCAGAAUCUUAACGCCCAACUGGAGAAUGACCUGGCCAACCUCCAGGCCGAGGGCCAAAACGCUUUCCCAUCGGGAGCGUCGGUAGCGGGGACUUAUACACGCUAUGCGCCAUCCAUAGCGCCUGGUCGAAGGGGAGGAGGCAGGACCUCACCAACGUCCUCCAUUAUCUCUGGAUUCAAUCCCCGGGACGGUGGAGGUGAGCCCAUGGGAGGCGGAUCCGGCAUGCUGCCCAUGAUUACAGCGCAGCGAGAUCGCUUCAAGAAGAGAAUCACGCAGCUCGAAAACGAGCUCUCAGACUCUCACCGUACAAUAUCCCAGCUGCGGCAAGAAACUGCAGCGUUGCAAAAGGAUAACCUACAACUAUAUGAGAAGACACGGUACGUGUCCACGUACAACCGGGGCGGUCCUUCAGCGUCCACAUCAUCAGCCGCGUACGGGUCCAACCCCAACCCAUCGACUGUUGCCAUAGGCGGCACCGGGAACCCGGGCAUCGCGCUCGACCGGUACAGAAAGGCGUACGAGUCCAACAUCUCCCCCUUCGCAGCCUUUAGGGGGCGGGAGUCCGCCCGUGCCUACAAACGCAUGAGCUUGCCGGAGCGUGUCGUCUACUCGGUGACGAGGAUGGUGCUAGCGUCGCGGACGAGCAGGAACCUGUUCGCCGCGUACUGCGUUGCGCUGCACCUACUCGUCUUCUGCUCGCUGUAUUGGCUGGGUACAACGGACGCCGAGCAGCAUGCCAGCAACCUGAGCCAGGGUGUCGCUGGCGCUGCUGCGAUGGCCGGUGCGGCGAAGGGCGGGUCAGGAUCGAAGCAUGGGGGUUGGAAGGAGGAUUCUGAUGUGUUCUAA